CUGACAGUGUUUAGACUCAAACAGAUGAUAGAGGCACAAGAGGGUUUUACUGUUGGAGAGCAAGAGGUUUUCUUUCAUGGAAAUCCGGUAAAUAUCCGAGUUUGAGGUAUUUUCUAGAAACUGACUGAUGAUGUGGAAUUCUUUCAUACUCUCCGCGCGAGACAACAUGGAACACGCGUGCAUUGAUCUCUAGUCACGCUGUCGGCAUUAGUGCACGCUUUAGCGAUUUUUGCUUCAAUUCGUCAUUCUAGGAUCAAGUGUACUUUCUAAUCUAUCGGAACUUGUAAGCUGCUAAAUGAAUUUCUGUUGAAAGCGUUGUGUCAAUUUCAUUACUUUCCAUUGUCGGUUUCGGCCACAAAGAAGUUGAUUUGAAACUAUUCAGAAGCCUAGGAUUUUGCGGUCAAAGCGAUAGCGGCGAAAUUCCCUGCAACGCAGUCGUUUUUUGGAACAGCUGAGAUCUGACAUAAAUGUUGCAAUGCUCUUGUACACAUGACGAUUUUGCCAGCUAAAUAUUAAAACGUGACUGAGCAGUGCUUUGUGCAUUUCGGUAUUGUGUGAGGAAUAAAUUUCACCACCCAGGGCCAUCUAUUUUCUGCUUUCUUGAUCAAUAUUCGUUGAUGUUUUAUCACCAGCUGCAAGAUAAUCUUACACUGGGGCAGCAGAAUGUACAAGAAGAUGCCCAAGUUGAUAUUCGGGUGAAUUUUCAAGGUAAAUGUAUCUUUGUGUUCAUUUUUAAUUGUGUUCCACCUAAUGGUCAGGAAGUCAUCUUUCCUAACGUGAUCUUCAUGUCAUGAAUAAUACCAAAGAUUAGUAAACACGAGGCAGAAACGAGGUUGUCAAUUUCUUCCGUUGUUACUUUUAUUGUAAUGAAAGUGAUUUUAAAAUAAAUCAUCGUUUGUCGAUAGAGAAUGUUCCUCGUAAUUAAAUCUUUUCGAAAGUAAAUGUUAUUUGCGUGGGUCUUUUGCAAAUGACGCUUUUUGGGUCUUAGUUACUUCAAAGAACUUUUGUUCUCGCUUCAAGAAAAUUUAUUCCAAGACGCCCACAAAAAUUUGUGUCAUUUGCGGUUUUUGACGAUUUCACAUCAGCGAUUUGUGACCUGUAAUAAUUUCUAUUUUUUAUUUAUUCUGUAGAUGAAAACUUUUACCCCGUCUUUUUAGUCUGUUGUAGAUUGCUAAAUUUUAUUUUGACAAAUGUUGUCGACGGCCUCGUGUAGCUUGCGUCGGAAAAUACUUUGGUAAUAACAUUUUUGAAAGGAACAAUAGAAUGGCAUAUAAAUUCCCAAUGUUCUUUCUUGAGGUCGAUUUUAAUGUUAGAGAAAUAUCUUUUUUACACCGUGUGAUGUUUCAUCUUGAGAACAAAUUAAUCUUGUGUGGGUAGUCUGUUCUAAAAUUUCCAUUUUAAUUGCUAUUGUUUCUUUUAACUAAAUAAUAAAUGAAAAAAUACACGUCCAGAAAGGUCGAUUUUUACUUUCGAUUGUUUUUAACUCGCGUUUGAAAGGUUGCAAUCUUUCUGAGAUACAAGCACCUUUUUAGCUUCCUCUAAAAGUGCUUGGUUUUUCUGUAUGAGUUCAUAGUUGGUGGUUUUCAACUCCAACAAACCCAGGAUUUUGUCAUGUCCUUGCACAGGUAGACUGAAAGUAUGGUGUUAAAUUUUACCAGCUGAAGUGCAUUAUGGAGUGAGAGCCAUAGAUCAAAAAACUCUGUUGUGAUAAUAUUCUCCUCAGAAUGACAAUAGCUGCAAUAUUUCAUUACCAAGUGGGUGGCAUGUCUUAAACUCUAAGAUACAAUGCCUCCAUCUAUCAUUAGAAGUUAACAUUAAGAGUCAGAUUUAUUGCGAUGCCUACAACAAUAGUCAAGAUUGACUUUUAUGAGAACAUUUGGGUUAUAUUUACUUGCAGCUUUUACCAAAUUGUGUUAAAAGAAAAUGGAACGAGAGACAAGCCUGUAUUACUCUAUCUUGCUUUCUCUGUGUGUGCUUUUAAGGGUCAUAACUCUAGAAAUUUACUUGCUAAUAAUAUAAAUCUCAGUUACUUAAUAUAAACAUAGAAAGUCACUUAUCAGUGCACUAGAGUAAAUUUAGCUUGUGCUUACAAUUCAGCCGUCACCAAUGACGUAAAGAACAACCUGUUUUAACAUCAAUCAAUAUUAGUUAAGUGUGUAUAUAGGAUAGAAGAUUAAUGACGUGAAAAUUCAAGACUAGUAUCAAUACAGGUUCCGUCCUUAGAAACUUGUUCCUCUUCACAGAUUCUUAAGGAUCCUCUUUUGUUCUAUAAAAGUGCUAUGUACCAUGUAAACCAAUGGCUGAUGAAGUGACCUCUGAUCAUUUACAAAAAUAUGUAGGCUACACAUAUAAAGGAACCUAGAAAUUUUUUAACCACAAGAUUAAUACACUGUAAGUAAUUAGUUCAGUAUUAUGAAGAGGGCAAAGACCACAACUGGUCCUCUUAUGUUGGGGUUUUCAAAGCAGGAUUAAAAUAACCCAGGAUUAGCACACAAAUUCAAUUCAAAUCGGUACAUUAUGAAGCAAAUUCCUGUAAAUUCUUAUUGCCUACAAUUUGGCACUUGUGGACGCUCUAAAAUGACCAGUUACAGUGACGAGGAAAAUGCUUUCAAACUAAUAAAAGAAAAGACACUGACAGGGAAAAUGCUUUUGAACAACAGCAACAACAAAAGAUCUUGAAUUCAUUUAACCACAGAUCAGUAAUAAUCAGCAAUCAAAUAAUCUGGCCCAGUCGGCUAAGUAGAGCGUCUGUGUGUGUGAGAACCAUGCACUAUAGCAUUAAAUAAGACGUUUCUUUUUGGUAAUUAAUGCAUCUAGUGUCUCAGAAUAAUUUAUUGCUUUAUUGACACUUGGUACAUCUACACCUUAAAUUGACUAGAGCAAAAUUGUCUCUAUCAGGUUCAAUGGUAUCUUAAAACUUUUCCCACACACUGUCAUUUAAGUUUUAAUUGAAGAAGAACCAAGUGAUAUUGCAGCCAUUUCUUUCCAUGUAGAAGCUCAUAUGAAGAAUAUAUUUAAGUGGAAGCCCUUAUCACUACAUCUCUUGUCCUUCUCAUAAAUUCAAAACAGAAUUUAGUCAAGUGAUCUCAAUGGUACUUACAAAAAGAAAAGUGUUAUUUGUAAAGAAGAGCUAUUGCCUUAAGAAUUACUGUGUAAACUUUUAUCAGUGGUGAAUGUUUUUAGCCCCCCACUCCCUCCUCGAUUGUUCACCCAGGCAUACCCCAGCUAAUAGUUUCAUGCACAAGGUUCUCAUUAAGUUUUCAAGUAGACAGCUAAGAUGUAAGAGUAGGCGGAUUGCCAGUCAAGUGCAAAGGGAACUGCAUGCUUCCACCUCUCAUGGUACCAAAAAUAGUAGGCGGCUGAAAAUUUAUCAGAAGCAGCUGCUUUUUAGUCAGUUGCUGGGAGUCAAUGAAAACCUUGUGUGCAAGGCUAGUCCCCUAGAUGCAGAAUGCAAAAGAAGGCCUGCCCAGUUUUGUAUUUGACUAUUUUAUUUUCUUGAGUAAUAACAACCCUUUAUAGAUGUUCUCCUUAUUUGUCAUAUACAUAUAGCUUUCAUAGUAAAUGUAGUUGGGAGACGUGUUUGAAAAAGGAUGAGAGUUUGUUUGUGAUCCUGUGCGACAUCUCCUGGUCACUGCUAAGGCAAAGAUGGCAAAGCUCUUUACCCAGCUAAUAUUAAGUUUCUCUUUUCCUCUUUCUCAUGUUGAUCUGUCUUUUUACUCAGACAUCCCGUCUCCAACAAGAAAGAAAGGUAGCACUUCAACUUCAGAAGACUGUGUUGUGCCAGAUAUUGAUGAUGAGGAUAAUGUAUUCAAUUUUGAGCAACCCAGAGUGCCAGCUGGUAUGUAUUUCAUCUCAAGUCUGGUUGUGUAAUGGGUGAAAUAAUAUUAAUGGCACAAAUUAUGAGCCUUUGAAAAAAAUCAAAUGCUGACAUAUUCUUUUUGGCAUAUAAAUGCACAAUAUCACUAGAUAAUAACUUGCAGUGUCAGCAUUUUUUUAGAUCUUUGUAUGUGCUGUUUUAUAGUUGAUGCACAUAUCUUUUUUAACGUACAUUCAAUAUUACCGAGGCUGUACAUUUUGUUAGUUAGUUAGCCUUUCUUUCUUAUAUUAGUACAACAAAGUUUUAUGUUUGGUUCACAUACAGUAGAACCCCCAUUGAGUGGCCACCCUCUAUUAAGCAGCCAGUACAGCUGUGAUCAAAGUACCAAAAUAAUUGUAGAAAAGAAUGGGAAAUUAAACCUCUGACAAUGGAACCUCAAUAUAACAGGCUCACUGACAAAAUUUGUUCAUCAUAUCGAGGUUCUUUUCCGUACUUUUUUCUGUUACUGGGGUAAAGAAUAUUGUACGUACGCUAUACCAAGGACUUCGUUAUACAGAGGUUCAUUAUAUUGAGGUUCCAUUGUAUUAAGCGACCACUUCUAUUGAGCGGCCACUGACACAUUUUAGCCAUCGCAACCGAUAGUUCUCUCAAUGUUAUCACCUUCAUCUAUUAAUGAAUAUGACGAAGGAAUAUACAGUCAGGGAUUAGACGGUGAUGAUCAAUUGUGGAUGUGGACCAGUAACACUUCUCCUUUAAUUGCAUGUUUGUAUUAAGAUAAGCUGAUGUUUCUGCUAAUUAUUAUGCUAAUUUAUGACAAAACUCUAUAUUUGCGUAGCCAACCUCCAUUUAGCGGCCACUGCUGAUGCCCCUAGGAUGGCCACUUAAUCAAGAGGUUCAACUUUGCAUAAACUGUAUGAACUAAAAGCUAAUCGCUACUAUUUUAUCAAUUGUCAGAUCCUAGAGUGUGGAACAAAUGGGAAGUAAUGGAGUGGCUCAAAUGGGCAACAGAGAGGUACAGCAUAAGAGAGGUCACUGCUGACAAGUUCCUAAUGAAUGGAAAGGGCCUGUGUAUGCUGAAUGUGGAUGGUUUUCUCUACCGAGUUCCAAGAGGUGGAGACAUACUUUACAGCGAUUUCAAUAAACGUGUGACAGCUGCUGUGGAACAGUCGCGGCAUCUGGAAAGCUAUUUGAACCCUGGAGCAGCUUCAAAUUUCUACUAUGUCUACUGAGAAAACAGAUAAUUUAUUUGAAGAAAAUACAGACUAUUGAAUAGAGAGUAUGAUAUUAAGCCUGAGAUAAGGCUGCAAGCAUAAAGUACUGUAUAAUAUUUAAACCAAAAUGCUAUUUUGUGUAUAUAUUGGAAUUUGCACAUGGGAUGUGGGUUGCUCUUUUUGUCCCUUGUCAUUUAGGCCUUGUAGUUGAGAGAAUGCCUGUCUGAGAAGUUUUUCUUCAAAGCUUUGAAGAAGACGUUUCAAAUGUUAGUCCGGAUUCAAAAUGGGAUGGGGUUAAUUUAUUUAAUGCAAGAGAAACAAACACCGUCAUUUUCUUAAAACCUAGAUAACCAGUUGUAAGUCUCUCCUCAUGGGCCCAGUUGUUCGAACGCUAGUUAGCGCUAACCAGGGGUUAAAUUUUAUCUCGGGUUUCUUUUUCUUUUGUCAAAAGUACUCUCUCGGAUUAUUUUCUUGAUUCUUUUUCAAGUAUCCAAUCAUCAAAUUGUAAGCAAAGAGAAUUGAACUGAAUUUGCUUUUUAAGCUAUCAUAUCUGAGUUCAAAUGUCGCACUAACCCUGGGUUAUCUUAACCCAGCUUCGAACAACCUGGCCAUGGUUGCAAAGCUCUGCCUGUCAGUCUCCCUCUCUUUGGGUUCUCGUACUUUUUCAAACAUUUCAAAUGUUGUCAACUUUUUAGGCCACAUUUUUUGUACUUGUACUUAUGUUCUGUUGAUUUCUGGUUAUGCAAAAUCCAACAAAAAUUGAAUCAUUGAAGGUCAAUGAAUUGCCGGUCUUAGAAAUUAGGAACUGACAUAGUUUACAUUCAACAGAACUUCAAAUUGUCAUUCUGGUCUUCUUUCACUGUCACAUACAACGACUUGUGGCCUCAUUUCCUCUAUCUUUCACACACUCACUCAUAUUCUCUUUUUGUUUUGGGCAGUUGUGGAGCUAGUCUGCUACACAGCCGUUUCCCCUUAUGGGGAGGAACGUUGCGUGACGACACUAAAAACGGCUGUGUAGCAGACUUUUGUGGAGCUUACUAGGCAAUAAGUAUUAUUCUAUGUCGAAUUUUGUGUUGUUACAAAUUUAAAAGUACAUAUUUGAGCUUAGGGCUGGUUUUUGCAUGAAUUUAAUUUUAACAAGAUAUUUGCUGUAAGUAGAAGCUUAAAUGCUGUAAGUUAAAUUUAAUUAUUUUAAUGGAUUAACAACGAGAGAAAUUAUGAGCGGGAUUUGAAACGGAUAUUGAAUGGGGUUUAAAGAAUUUUAAAACAAGAAAAAUUGCACCUUUCAUAGCAAAGUUAGGUCCACGUUUUGUUUCUCUUAUUGACGUUUUCUUUGAACGAAAAAUUACAAAGAAAUAUUUUAAGGUUGGGCGUGGUUGUUAAACAACAGUCGUCUCAUCUGGAAAACAUUGCAUGAAUUUUACUGGGCCAAGUUGUACUUAAAAAUUCCAUAAAAUAAUAAAGUGCCUUGGCAUUUCGUGAUGGAAGAGAUUUUUUAGUUGUGUAGAGCGGAAUGUUAGAGUGCAGGGGUCAAGAAGUUGUUUUUAAGGGGUUAAUAUUUGGUCGCAUUUGUAACUGUUGAAACUGCAUUAAGGCAGUUUCAAGGGACGAGAAUUUUCCCAACAUUUCAUGGAAGCUACGCACAAAAUGGCCUUUCGAAAACAAAAACAAGGGAAGUAUUGUUUUAUUCUUUAGAAGUAUUUUAAAAGGUGUGAGCAAUGAUGACCAACGUUCAGUUUUCAGGCGUCUCAUUUAGUGAUGUACUGAGAUCCACUUUGAAGAAAAAAUAAUGUUCACUUCUCUGAAACUCUGUACCAUUACGCCAUUAGGCAUGUGCGUAACUGGAAAAAAAAAUUACAACAAACGAAACAAAAUGGAGAAACAAUGCAGAAAACGCCGGCAAAUUGCCUACGUAAAUCUGUCCGCUUCAACUUCAUGUACAUUAUUGUUUCAAGCCAAAUGCGGUGUUUUUCCUACCCUAAGAAAACAGCCGACAUUCCACGACGCCAACACUGGUUCCCCCUCGAAAUAACGUCUGAGAAACGAUCGCAGAAAUUCCAUACCGAUGACGCGUCACUACCGGGAUCUGAUUGGCUGGAAAUUUGCUUCAACCAGCCACAUCGGCACGCGUGCAAAACGUCUGCGCAUGCGCAAGGUCUCUAUUUUCAAUAAUUUUAAAAUUUGCAAAAUCUUCCCCAUUUAAAUUGAAAAACAUUUAGGAAUGUUUGAUAUGUUUAAUGGUUUGCAGCCGGUUCUAGUAUUAAGCACAACAAAAAAAUUACUUAAACUAACUUAACUAACUAACUGGUAAAGUCGUCCAGUACAAGGUUUUUCCGUCCUUGUUUUUCCACUUAGCAUGCAUUGGUCGUUUUCGUUGUUCGCAUUGACCGAGCUCAGCAACAUGAUGAAGCGAGCGUGGACUUUCAAACAUGAUUUUCGCCUUUGGUGCAAGGAGGAAAGUAUGUGGUGCAAAAGAGAGAAACUAAAGCAAUUAAUAAACUUUGUGUUCGUGAAAUUCUAAGCUUAUCUUUUGUGUGUGAAGCUUACUUUUUUGAAUUUCGCGGCCGGAAUCUAGUUUGUUUUGGUAUCGCGUAUAAUUUUGAAGGCAUGCGCACUGCGUUUUUCACGCGUGUCAGCCACAUCUGGGUAAUGACACGUCAUCAGUAUGGAAUUUCUGCACUCGUUUCUCAGACGUCAUUUCACGGGGAAACCAGUGGCGAUGACGCAAAUGUCGGCUUUUUUCUCAGGCUAUGGUCUCCUCCGAUUUUGCCAUUCGUUGAAGCCGAUCGGCUGCUGUCUAAAGAACACGGAUCUACGAACAAAGGAGAUGGCUUCGUCACAAUACUAGUGGUGGGCCACUCCAUUCAGGCAAUUUCCUGAUUCAGGAAAGCAACCUCGUUCCCAGAAUUCACUCUCUUCCCGAUCAUGAGAAAGAGGUUUUCAGAAAUGUGCUUUCGUGAUAGCAUAGUUAUUAAAGUGGAAUGGUUGUGAAACCCGUGAGACUUCUUGCUAGCUCUUUUGGACCUGAUUUUGUACAACGUUUAAUAGCAUUCCUAUCAUUUUGAACUUACUGACCAACAGAAACAUCGCAUUGAUUUAUUCAGUCACAAUUUGUGAACAGAAAACAAAGGAUUGUGCACAGUCAGCGAGCUUCCAACAUAAACUACAGCACCAUUGUUUUCGACUUCGGUGUUUGCCGGCUUUCAUUACCAGUCUCCUUAACUAACUACGGUGAUGGAGACGCCUCCAGGCUGGGGUGGCCGGCGGGAAGACGCAAGAAAAGACUAGGGUCUCCCAGCGUCAUAAAUGAAAAGAAACACAACGAGGGUCACUGAAAUUUUAUCAAGCCACCCGCGAGAAUACUACUCGGGAAACCGGUUAGGUUGGGAGUAAAACAAAACUCUGCGUGUCCCCGGAACUGUUUCGAGCUACAUCCGUUAAAUUAAAUGAAAUGUUUUCAGAUUGACCUGGAAUGAAACUUUUUUAGAGGAAUGAAACUUGCCUCGUACCUGUACGUCGUCUUCCCAGGCCUUCUCCGUCAAUGCAUUUUGAUGAAGUAUCCGAGACGAACGGCCGAAAUGAGGCCUAAGCACUAGACAAGAAAACGCUGAUCUUCGCUGGC